UUACAUAACUAAUCAAAAUAAAUUCUACCUUUGGAAAUAUUCAACCCUCUAAACAAAUCAUUAAUUAAUCUAUAAUAUAUAUCUACAUCUAUAUCUAUAUCUAUAAUACUAUAUUAAGGAAACUGGAUAGUUAGAUUGGUAAUUUCCCACACAUUUUAAGAUGGCAUACCAAAAGCCACGAGUUGGAAUCUUUAGUUUUUACCAUUUUCUUCCCUUUCUACUCUCAUCUACCUUUCAUCACACAGAUCAGUUGUGAAACCCUCCUUUGAAAUUGAAUGUUGAUUUAAUGGCGGGAACAGUUACCCUUACAUUGAAGAUGAUUCAAUGUCUUACCCUCCUUCAAUUUCAAUGACAUCGCUCUCCUUCAAUCUUUCUAUCAUGUAAUUACUCCGUCUUACAACUUCCGGUUCAAUUCUAGGGGAUUCUUUUUUGGUGCAAACGUGUGCUUAUUGUUAACUUUCGCAAGGAAACACACAACUAGUGAUUUUAAUAUGUAGGCCAUAGCUCAACUGCUAAAGCCAUGACAGAUAAAUUUUAUGUUGGCGAUAUAGAUACAACUACAAUCCCCUCAAAUAUUGAGCACAAGCCUCCAAACCAAGCUCAUUACAACCAAGACAAAACGACUAAGUUAAUCAUCAAGAUUAUGCAAAUUCUUAGUUCCAUCGGUGAUCUUGGGUGUUGCGGUUGGGAUUUGAUUCUAUAAAAAAGCACGGUACGACAAUCAUGGGUGACUAGUUUAUGAAUCCAUUUGGCAAUUUCUUCACAUACAAUAGCAGUGGAACUACUUAAUCUGACACAAACCCGAAAACAGCUACUAAAGCGAUAUCCGAUUCGCUAAGUGUUGACAACGCUUAUGGCACUUAUAAUAAACCACCGAAACUUAUGGCGAUAGAGGAUUACAAUCGCUGGGCAAAGCGCUUUGAUGGAUGGUUGAGAGCAUUCGCUUAUGACAGUUGGAAACGUCUUAAGAAUGGUUACUUUCCUACAAGAAGAGACUUUGAUAAUUUAGAAGAUACUGAGCAAGAAGAGUUUGUGUCUGAACAAAAAGCUAUUGCCUUGCUACACCAGUCUGUCAGAGACGAUGUCAUCUCGUUGAUCGAUUACGACAAUUCAAAGGAUUUGUGGGAAAAGCUGGAGAAGAAAUGUACUGGCGGAGAAGAGAUAGUGAAAAACAAAAAAUCUUUGUUAAAAAGGAGUUCGAUCUAUUUACUUGUAUGGAAAAUGAAAAUGUUCGCCAAAUGAUAGAAAGAUUUUGUCAUUUAAAAGCAGAAUUAGAAAGAUUCGGGAUCAAGAAAGAUCAGGAGGAGUUAGUUUAUAAGAUGUUUGAGGCGUUGCUGAAUGAACAAGAUUGGCAGUAUUUUGGAUUAGUGCUCAAGAACACAAAGCCGAUGGCAGAAAUCACACUGAAUUGGUUGAUUGAAAGGUUGGAGGGGCACGAGUUGGAAAUCAAGAAGUUGAAUAAAGUGAACAACACACAGUAUCAACAAAAUGUAGAUCUAUAUUACAGUAGCAGCAUGAUUUCUAAAGCUACAUCACCAAAAACUGCUUUCAGUGCCGAAAGCUCAAACACUGUUGCACAAGAGAAGUCUAACAGUAGGUCUUCUUCAAGCAGUUACGGGUAUCAUGGUACUGGUUCGAGUGCACAUACACCAUCUGCAUCAAACACUCAGCAAUCUCAAACUACUCCAAACACUAACGUCUUUCAAUGCAACAUAGCCGUGAAUCUCAACAACGCUCAGAACUUUAAUGAAGAAACAGCUAAACAGCAAAUGGUGUUUCUCGCAUCAAUUCUGGAAUCUUAUGAGCGCUUAGUCGCCGGAAAGAUUGGCAACACCAAUCUCACUAAAGAAGAUUAUGAUCAAAUUGACCCGGAAGAGAUGGAGCUGAUUGUGACAUUUGUGCCAUUUCGAUCAUCAUACAAUUAUGAAUCUAAUGAAAUCUUGUAUUUCAUUCUCGGGAUUUUUACAAUUACAUAUGACAAGUACACAUAUCAAAUUUCGUAUGAUUCCGAACUCUCGAGAAGCUCUUCUAGAAGUUUUACGUAAACUAUUACGCAAAUAUAAUCAGUUAAACGAAACGUACACCCCGG